AUGGAUAAAGCAAUAGACAUCGGUUCUGUAUCGAAUGGUAAGAAAAUGAGGAAAAGGAAAACGCGUGAAUUCGAUUUUUCACGACAUCCAAAACGACGGAUUGCUCUGAUGUUCAUGUACUUUGGUUGGGAAUAUAAUGGACUGGUUGAGCAACAAGAAAUUGCUGGAACUAUUGAGGAAGAGAUGAGGAAAGCUUUGAUGAAGACAAAGCUUGUCGAAAGUUGGGAAAAUUGUGGUUGGAAUCGAUGUGGUCGGACCGAUAAGGGAGUAUCUGCUUUCAAGCAGGUUGCCUCUCUUAUUGUAAGGUCAAAUGAACCGGAAGGAGAAGGUGUUUUCUGGCCUGCUAUCGCUCAUACGUCUUCUGAAACUGCUGUUAAAGGAGAGCUUCAGUACGUAAAAAUGUUAAAUAGUACAUUGCCAACUAAUAUCCGGGUGUUAGCCUGGGCUCCAGUUCCUGAAAAUUUCAGUGCCAGAUAUAGAUGCACUCAACGUACUUACACGUACGCUUUUCCAAGAGCCAAUUUCGAUAUUGAGGCAAUGCGACAAGCUUGUCAAUUCCUCGUUGGCGAACAUGAUUUUCGUAAUUUCUGUCGUAUCGACAUGAACAAGGGACGAGUGGAAAUGAAUUAUAUUCGCACUAUCAGCUAUGCUGAUAUAUCACUCAUAUCAAAUAAUUCAUUGUUAGCAUCAAAACAAAGCGAUGAAGUUACUCAUUAUGAGUUUCUACAACUUACUGUCAAGGGAAGCGGUUUUCUUUGGCAUCAGAUUCGUUGUAUAAUGGCUCUGCUUUGUGAAAUUGGCCUUGGUAAUGAGAAACCGGAAGUUAUAUCUGAACUUCUCGAUAUUAAACUCACGCCUUCAAAACCAAUUUAUGGAUUAGCUCCGGCAUUUCCUUUAUGUUUGUUUGAUUGUGUAUAUGAUGGGAUGGAAUUUUCUUGGAAAUGGGAUAUUAAUUCGCUGAAGUCUGUUAGAAAACUUAUCCUGAAAACUUGGGCUCAUUAUCAGUCUUUAUCAGCGACAUUACAAAUCAUGGCUGAAAGUAUUGGUGCGCUUGCACCAGUAUUGCAGGGUGACUAUAGCGGUCUAAAUGAAUAUCUCAGGCCAAGUGGGACUUCUACUAAAACAUAUGUACCCAUCAAAAAGCGGCCUACAUGUGAUGCUUUAGAACUAAAGCAAGAGAAAAUUCGUGCAAAAAUGUCGAAAAUCGUUGCUGAUUCCUCCAGUAAAACUGAUAUUAUGUCAUAAUGCUAAUAAUUCUUAGUUAUUCGUGGUAAGUAUCCUUAUCUUUCGUACACUGAUGCAUUACUUAACUAUAAAACUUUAAUUAACGACACUGAACCUUAAUAUUGUUAUUCUUGCGCGUAUUAUACUUUAUGUGAUAGCAGUAUCAGUUUGCA